CGGAAACCCUGGCCGCAGCGCUGGGGGUGAGGUGGCGGCGGAGGCGGGCAGCGGGCAACGGGACCAAGCGGAGUGAGCGGAGCAGCUGGUCGGAGAGCAGCGAUUACUGCAGGUUUCGGAAAGAAGAAAUGGUGUAAGCCAUCCACUAUCCAAAUUUUAAGGUCAAAGACUGGAAGGAAGGUCAGGGAGAACAUGGCCUGGCCAAGUGUUUUUCAGAGAGGAACUCUGCUGUCCCGGUUCAGCCAUCAUCAUGUUGUCGUGUUCCUGCUCACCUUCUUCAGUUACUCGUUGCUCCAUGCAUCAAGAAAAACGUUUAGCAAUGUCAAAGUCAGCAUCUCUAAGCAGUGGACCCCGAGUGCUUUUAACAGAUCGAUUGAACCUGUAGAGAUCUGGAGCAGCAACCAUUUGUUCCCCAGUGCGGAGGAAGCCACUCUUUUCCUCGGAACACUGGAUACUAUUUUUCUCUUCUCCUAUGCCGUGGGCCUUUUCAUCAGCGGUAUUGUUGGGGAUCGGCUUAAUUUACGAUACGUUCUAUCUUUUGGCAUGUGCUCUUCUGCAUUAGUGGUGUUUAUCUUUGGCACUGUCACAGAAUGGCUGCAUUUCUACAACAAGUGGCUGUACUGCUGCCUGUGGAUUGUGAAUGGCCUGCUGCAGUCCACUGGGUGGCCCUGUGUGGUUGCUGUCAUGGGCAACUGGUUUGGGAAAGCUGGCCGAGGUGUUGUUUUUGGUCUCUGGAGUGCCUGUGCUUCGGUGGGCAACAUUUUGGGAGCGUGCCUGGCCUCUUCUGUUCUGCAGUAUGGUUAUGAGUACGCCUUCCUGGUGACAGCGGCCGUGCAGUUUGCUGGUGGGGUCGUCAUCUUCUUUGGACUCCUGGUGUCACCUGAAGAAAUUGGUCUCCCAGGUAUUGAGGCAGAAGAAAACGUCGAAGAAGACUCGCACAAGCCAUUAAUUAAUGGUGCUGAAAAUGAAGAUGAAUAUGAGCCUAAUUAUUCAGUCCAAGAAGGCAGCACUAUCACCCAAGUCAAGGCAAUAAGCUUUUAUCAGGCUUGUUGCCUUCCUGGAGUUAUACCGUACUCACUCGCCUAUGCCUGCUUGAAGUUAGUGAACUACUCCUUCUUCUUCUGGUUGCCCUUUUACCUGAGCAACAACUUUGGGUGGAAGGAGGCUGAAGCUGACAAGCUGUCCAUUUGGUACGAUGUCGGAGGGAUUAUAGGUGGAACUCUGCAAGGCUUCAUCUCUGAUGUGUUACAGAAGAGAGCACCCGUUUUAGCUCUGAGUCUGUUUCUGGCAAUUGGGUCCCUGGUUGGAUACAGUCGUUCUCCAAACAACAAGUCCAUCAAUGCACUUCUGAUGGCUGUUACAGGAUUUUUUAUUGGCGGACCUUCUAAUAUGAUUAGCUCUGCUAUCUCUGCUGACUUGGGUCGCCAAGAGCUCAUCCAAGGCAGCAGUGAGGCUUUGGCGACGGUCACAGGAAUUGUUGACGGAACUGGGAGCAUUGGAGCUGCGGUGGGCCAGUAUUUAGUGUCUUUGAUCCAGGACAACCUUGGAUGGAUGUGGGUGUUCUACUUUUUCAUUCUCAUGACAAGUUGUACAAUUGUAUUUAUUUCGCCAUUAAUAGUGAGGGAAAUGCGUUCUCUUAUGCAAAGACGACAAGCUCGCAUACUGAGUGGAUGACUGGUGCCCCAGAAGAACAAGAAUAAUAGGAGACACAUUAGGACUAUAAUUUCUUUUAAUUUGUCCCGUUUUGGAGUUGUCUUAAGAGCUCCAAAAUAACCUCAGAUGGCCAAGCCUCUUUCAACAUGUCAGCCUCUUGCGAUGCUGACCAGAGCGAGGUGGGUUAUUUUGCUACACUACAGGAAUGAUCGCUGAUGAGUUUUAUUGUUGUUUCAUGAAUGUACAAAUGGCCUGUGAAUCUGCCAGUGUCUUUGUUGGGCCUGUUGAGGUUUAUCCCUUUAACCUUAAAGGCUACAUUGGACUUGGACCUUUGUUCUCCAGCCUGGGAAGCUGAGUGACCACAAGCAGCCGUGCAUGGUUUAUAUCAAAGUCGGGCUCCGUGAAUAGAAAGGCUCGUUGCAUUUUGCUUUGGAAAUGAGUUUGCAGAGGGUAGCUCAUCUUCGAAGCAUCAAAUCCUGAGAAGGUUCUCCAGCUGGAUCCAGAAUAAGCCUGCCUUGGACCAAGAAUGCCUUUGUUAAUCACGGUGGGAAAAAUCAUGCUACAUGCAGAAGCAGACUAGCUCCAAAUUGCUGUCAACUUGUUCUCCACCUUCAUUCAAAACUAACUCUGGCUCCUGGCAGUAUGGAGUCACCCUUUCAAGGACCAUAAGGUGUAUCAGUUGUGAACAUUCCAACGUGUCACCCACAAGUACUCAAGCCCAGGUUUGCUGUCGGAUCCACAAGGAAGUGAAUCUGCUCAGGCCUGUUUUCAGAGGACUGACCCCUGUCCCAGCCGGUGCCUGGAGUAGCCUCAGCAGGAGCCUAGAAUUAGAGAGAAAGGAAGGAAGGAGGGGCCUUUUCCUAGUUAGCGGUAGCGUGUGACAUGGAAUCGCACUAAGGGACCACUGGGGCCUGGGGGGUUUACAUAUCUAUUCUUUAGAGGUUUGUGGAGUAUCGGUCUUCAGGGCUGUGAAUUCUAGACUGAUUAUCAAUAUGUCAAGGCCAUUCUGGAUAAAUAUUCUAAAUUAUGUAAGCAAACUAGGGGGGGAAUGUGCAAUUUUGAGGCCUGCCUAAUUUGCUUUGGGUUAGGGAAUAUUUUUCAGCCUCCUGCUUUAUACUCCGAAAUGUGGUAUGUUUGUGAACUUAAUGUUAUUUAAUCAAGCAGAUUUCCAAUCAGUUAAUUGCUCAUUACUGACAAAAAGGGAAAAUAUGAAACACAGGAAGGGAAAAUAAACUGACUUUUAUAAUAAA